CUCUCUGGCUCGACCUAAUAUCUCGAUAUCUCGAAAGUCGACGAUUUCAACUCCAAUUCAUUCACAAACGCGUUGCCAACAGCUGACUGAGCUGACGCGUCCACACGACUCCACACUCGUCGACCGGCCAUCAUCGCGAUGAAAUCGGAGCAAUCGCGAUGACGACGGUGAAGGAGAGACUGGAGGCGUACAGGCGCAGGAAGCGCAGAGAGGAAACGAUGGAAUCGGUAAAGAGCGUAAUGAGAAACAUGUUUUCGUGGAAUCGUAAAGACGGAGUUGAGAAAUCCGCCGAAGAAUCGACGAAGGAAGAGCGGGCAAAACUGUGCGAACAGUCAGUGGACGUCGAGGAGGACGUCCAGGAGGACGUCCAGGAGGUGGACGAGCAGCCGGAGGAACAGCAGUCGCGAGGCAGAGUGAUGUUAAACCGAGUAAUCUAUUUAUUAUACUUUUUGUUGUGGGCCACGUUGUACGUGAUCGCGUUGGAGUACCAAUUCGGCGCCGUCUACUUCGUGCUGUCGGCCCUGGUCUUCAUCUGCUUGAACACCAGAUCCGGGCCGAAGCGGCACGGAGAACCCAGCGCCUAUUCCGUCUUCAAUCCGAAUUGCGAGGCGAUAGAGGGUACCCUCGACGCGUCGCAGUUCGAGAAAGAAAUAGGAUACGGUAUAGGAAGGGCAUGAUGAAAAAUCGAGAUGAAUCAGUAAAGUGUGAAUAUGGGUUUGAGAGGAUACUUACAUU